AUGGAUCACUCUAGUGGACAAGCAGGCAGUGAGAACUGUCCUCCUCCGAAUGGAGACUCCAGAGCUCGUGGCCGGUUCUCCUUCUCUGCCUGGCGCUCCAACUCUCUGUCCUCUGCAAACGGGGCUGGAGCUGGAGGGGAUCUGAGCCGGAGGCUACGAUGUCUCGUUCAUAAUUACCACGAGAGAGCUGCAUCUACAGCCGACAUUAACACCAAACCCACUGAGGUGACAGUGGGGGGCGACGGGCUGACCAGGACCGUCCCUGCUGCGUUAACUCCUAACAUGGAGGAGUACGAGUCCAGUGACCAGUCCACUUACAUCCACAAGCAGCUGAGCUCCAUGUUACAACCUGGAGUCAACAAGCAUUCCCUGCGCAUGUUUGGCAGCACCCAAGGAGUCGCAGCUGAGCAGGAGAGAGUUCGAUCUUUUGGAGUCUGGAUUAUACAUCCAUACAGUGACUUUAGGUUCUACUGGGACUUGGUAAUGCUCUUUCUGAUGAUGAGCAAUCUAGUCAUCCUGCCAUGGUGCAUCACUUUCUUUGAGGAUCAGAACACACUGCCAUGGAUCAUGUUCAACAUGGCCUCAGAUACUCUAUUCCUGAUCGACCUGAUCCUAAACUUCCGCACAGGAAUCCCGGAGGACGAUAACUCCCAUAUCAUCCUAGACCCACAGGUGAUCCGACACCGAUACCUACAGAGCUGGUUCCUUGUGGAUUUUAUCUCUUCCAUCCCAGUGGAUUAUUUUUUCAUAGCUGUGGACCUGGAGGCUCGGCUUGAGUCAGCGGAAGUUUACCGCACUGCUAGAGCAUUAAGAAUUGUCCGUUUCACUAAGAUCCUCAGUCUGCUUAGGCUACUUCGUCUGUCCAGACUUAUCCGCUACAUUCACCAGUGGGAAGAGAUCUUUCACAUGACAUAUGACCUGGCAAGUGCUGUGAUUCGAAUAGUCAACUUGAUUGGGAUGAUGCUUCUACUUUGUCACUGGGAUGGCUGUCUUCAGUUCAUGGUGCCCAUGCUUCAGGAUUUCCCCCAGGACUGCUGGGUCUCCAAAAUCAACAUGGUGAAUGCCACUUGGGAGGAGCAGUACUCAUAUGCUCUCUUCAUGGCCAUGAGCCAUAUGCUGUGUAUUGGAUAUGGCGCCCAAGCUCCUGAGAGAAUGACUGACGUGUGGCUCACCAUGAUGAGCAUGAUUGUAGGUGCCACUUGUUACGCCAUGUUCCUGGGCCAUGCUGCCAACCUGGUGCAGUCACUGGAUGCUUCUCAUCGCCAGUACCAGGAAAAGUAUAAGCAAGUGGAGCAAUACAUGUCCUUCCAUAAGUUGCCUGCUGAAUUACGACAAAGAAUUCAUGACUAUUAUGAGCACCGUUUCCAGGGGAAGAUGUUUGAUGAGGACAGCAUUCUGGGAGAACUCAGUGACCCACUUAAAGAGGAAAUAGUGAGCUUCAAUUGCCGUGAACUAGUAGCAAACAUGCCACUGUUUGGCAAUGGCGAUCCACACUUUGUCACAGUGCUCCUGACUAAGUUGCGGUUCGAGGUCUUCUUGCCAGGUGAUAUCAUUAUUCGUGAAGGCACACUGGGCCGUAAAAUGUACUUCAUCCAGCAUGGUUGUGUCACUGUUCUCACUCGUAACAAGAAAGACAAGAAGCUCAGCGAUGGCUGCUACUUUGGGGAGAUUUGUUUGCUGACCAGUGGGCGUCGUACUGCCAGCGUAAAAGCCGAGACCUACUGCAGACUCUAUUCUCUCAGUGUGGACAGCUUUAACGAGGUGUUGGAAGAGCACCCCAUCAUGAGGAGGGCCUUUGAGAGUGUCGCCAUAGACCACCUUGACCACAUAGAGAACAACACUGCGUAUAACGCUGAGCCUUCAGGAGCAGAAACAAAGGAACAGACGACAGAGAAAAAAGACAGUGAUGUCUUAUAACAUCUUGUUAAUUAUUCUUUUUUUUGUCAUCCACCAUGUUGAGUGUCAUCACCAUCGUUUGAACCAAAAUGGACUUCCAGGGAUCAGCUGCCUGAAGGACUUUACAGGCCUGAGUGGUUUAGCUGAUUAGGACAACCCUGGUAUCAAGAUGCAGACAUUAUGUGCAUACAGUAGUCAGAUAGCACGUACAUUUAUUGCUGCCAUUUAAACUGAUGCACAUAGGCUGUUUUGGAUGCAAUUAGUAAUUCAGUUUCACUUUACCCCAACAUUAUGCAAACAAACGCUCACAUAUAGUAGUGUAAACCAAGCACACAACAGUAUUAGCCUCCCAAAGUUACAGGCAGGUGAACAUUUGAAGGAGUAGGUUGAUCGGACUGAAUAGAUUGAAUACAAUCAGGCUGGAUCACUAUUUUAAAGGUACCUGCAAUGAAAUUGGCACCAGUAUGUCUCUAACACGUUCUAGGAAUACUAUAGGUGCAAACAAAUGAUUAAUUCCUCUUUAUAAUGUCUCUGUCCUCGAGAGCUCAUUGAUAAGUAUUACACAAGGUGAGUCAUCUGCUUAGAGUGAUUAAACCUGUCUUACCUUACCUCACAAGUGGACACAUGGACUUGUCAGGGUCAGGCAUGCCUAAAUGGACUGGAAUGGUGGAUAAAACACAUGGCUGACAAAGGCACUACGUGUUCUAUUGAUGGCAAAAAUAACUAAUAAGUAAUAAUAAGUAAGGUUGAUUGUGUUUAAAUACUCUCAAAUGAUCUACUUUGGGUUGAUUUUCUAAUAUGACCAAUGGUAUGGAAUCACUGAUGGGAUAUUAGAAUUUUAUUAGUCUUCUACACUAAAAUGCAGCAAAAAGAGCAAAAAUGCUUCAGUGCCAAAAGGCCUGCUCGCUUGCCAUUUUUUCGACGAAUCCUCUAUCUGAAAUUCCCUGUGAAGCAGUAUAGUCAUGCAGGUUCUAGAAGAUACACCUUCCUUACUGAAAGUCAAGAUGUAUAUUUUGUGUAUCCUGAAUGUAGCAAUGUGGCAUCCAUUGUACUAUGCGCACUAUGAAAAGACACAAGGGCAAUUCCAUGCAAAUGUCAAGAUUACCAUGGAAAAAUAAA